AUGAAGGUCCCCGAGAAUUCGGUCCUCGCUGUCGACUACGGAUUCCAAGAGUACGGCUUGCGUCUCCAUGAGCUCGACAUCAAAUUGCACACCAACGCGGACAAGUCGCUGAGCCCACGCAAGGCGUUCUUAUCCCACGAUGCCACCGGGGCCCGCACAACAGCCCAGGCCGGGAGGUGGAGUCAGAAUGACGGCCGUGAUACCAUAGGAACCAUGCUCGUUACGAAGGGCAUCAAUCUCGAGAAGAAUGACUACGCGAGCACCUUCCAGGCGACGCGGACAAACGUGCCCGGUCUCGAGAGCUUGCUGUUCGACUAUGACAGGUCAACCUGGGUCGGGAAAGAUGGGUCUGCGACGACCCCUCAGCUAAGGCCAGAAGUCUACGAGGGCAGCACCUUUCAACUCGACGUGAGCCAGCCGGGCGACGCCUUCGCCAGGAUGCUUGCGUGGCUUCGUUAUAACGACUUCAAUGACCUGCAAGUCAUCAUCAAAGGAUACAACCGCUCCUAUUCCGACGAUCCGGCCCUUGUGAAGGCGGUCAACAGCUCGUUCUCCUUCCGAACCGGUGCGCUGAUUGACACAUUCCGAGCUCACAACGGAGCGGUAUUGUCGGCCGCGUGCAGCCUAUCGCAUAUGAAAAUAGCGACAGGCUCGCGAGACAAAACGGUGCGCAUAUGGAAUCUUCAUACAAGCACGCUGGAAGGAACGCUGGUGGGCCAUACUAGUGGCGCGGUCAACUCGGUCGCAUUCUCGUACGACAAUCCGUGGGUGGUAUCGGGCUCUGAGGAUAACACGGCCCGGGUCUGGAACUUUCGUACGGGAAAGUUGUUACAAGUGCUCAAAAGCCAUAAGGGGGCAGUGACCUCGGUUGUGUUCUCGGAUAGGAAUUCGAUGGUGGCAUCCGCGUCGGAUGAUGGAAAGGUUAUCCUCUGGAGUGUCGCAGUGGUGUCGACGUCGGACGAAACGAUCCGUAUAUGGCAGGCCGAAACGGGCAAGCUGCAGCGAACCGUCCAGGGCCACACGGCUGCCGUCACGUCUACCACAUUCGGGGAGGUUGGGGGCAAAAGGGCCAUCAUAACGACGUCGAGCGACGGAGAGCGGCUCCAGGUGCUGGACUACGGAUGCCUUGAAAACGCCGCCAUGGAUCAAAUCAAGUCGUUUAUUGACAACCCCAUCCCGGAGUUUGGCCAGAUCAUACCCGAGAUUGUCCACUGCGGCCUGGGUCUGCACUAUGAUACGCGUCGGGGAACAGCAGUAAACCCCAAGGACGGGUCUCCUAUAUCGGAUCCGGAACUACUCUUAGCGAGCCGUCUCGACCGCGCCAUGAUCGAGGUCAGCCUGGAGCUGAAGAAGCUCUAUCCACGAAUGAUCUUCUCGUCCUGCACCCGACUUUCCGACGUCUACUACGGGCACUCUGAUGCCGAAUACACGGCAGAUCUUCUGACCGGUAGUUUGAAGCCGAAGCCGACCGGCCAGCAAGGCAUUCCAGCACGGCUACGCGCUAUACACGGGGGGAUGCACCCGCAGUCAGAUCUCGUCGUGGCGGAUGACCCCAUGGCAGAGAUUGCGGCGCGGACGUGGAUCGACGAGUACGCACGGCUGGAUCGAACUCAGCUGAUGAAUAUGACGUACGAUGCCUGGAUUGCCCAGAAUCCCAAAGUCAAGGAGGUUGUUGACGGGCUGAACGUUAAGUUUUGGCCGAACACAGUAGGGGGGACGCCGGGCGGUGCUCAGAAGCAACAAGGUUUUGUGCCGGCUGCUAAGUCUCAGAAGCCAAGCAGUGCUCAGAAGCUAGGCGGCGCUCAGAAGCAAGAGGGUAUUGUGCCGGCUGCUGAGUCUCAGGGGUACAGGAAGCCACGUAUUGUUACGGAAGACGAGGUAAACAGGGGUCUGCAACGUGCGCUGAAGGAGACGGAGGGAAAGCGAAAGUGGUGGAAGAAAUCUUAG